GGCUUUGUAGCUCUGUCUGCUCAUUCCCUCCGUAGCCAUGAACCUCUUCAGACUGACAGGAGACCUCUCUCAUCUGGCUGCUAUCAUCAUUCUGCUGCUCAAAAUAUGGAAAAGCAGGUCGUGUGCAGGUAUCUCUGGAAAGAGCCAAAUUCUGUUUGCCAUCGUGUUCACCACACGCUACUUGGAUCUGCUCACCUCUUUCAUCUCGCUGUAUAACACGUGCAUGAAGGUGAUCUACAUCGGCUGUGCCUAUGCAACCGUCUACCUGAUCUAUAUGAAGUUCCGAGCCACCUACGACGGCAACCACGACAGUUUUAGGGUGGAGUUCUUGGUUGUUCCUGUUGGGGGUCUAGCGGUUCUCAUUAAUCACGACUUCUCUCUGUUGGAGAUCCUUUGGACAUUCUCCAUCUACCUGGAGUCCGUGGCAAUCCUGCCUCAGCUUUUUAUGAUCAGCAAGACUGGGGAGGCUGAGACCAUCACCACCCACUACCUGUUCUGCCUGGGCCUUUAUCGCGCCCUGUAUCUCUUCAACUGGAUCUGGCGUUUCUACUUUGAGGGCUUUUUUGACUUGAUCGCCAUUGUGGCCGGUGUGGUCCAGACUGUCCUCUACUGUGACUUCUUCUACCUUUAUGUGACCAAAGUGUUGAAAGGCAAGAAGCUGAGCCUGCCAGCGUAACACCAACCAGAGGAGAUGGCAGCUCGCAGCAGACUCAGGGGAGCGUGGAGAUGACAUCCUGGAAUCUCAAAAGAUAUAGCAAUGGAUUCCUGAGACAACUUUCAAGGGGGAAAAAAACACUAGUCUUCUUGAUGAUUACUGAUGGAACUGGUAAAUGCCAACAAACACCGGAGCUGAACAAAGACCAUCCCAGAUCAACUUUAGGAUUUCUCUGCUCAGCAUCUUGCCUUAAUCUUUUUUUUCAUUGGUGUUCCAAAAUAGGAGAAAAACAUUUUUUUUUUCUAUAUGUGAGGUGUAUACGCUUGUUUUUUCUUUUUAUUAUUAUUUUUUAUAAUGUCACUGAUAGGGAUGACUGAGUACCCUGUAUGACUCGGUAGGAAAAUGCACAAAGUAUACAGUCUUAUUAAAAAGAUCACAAAUAAUGUAUCCGAGUGCCUGAUAACAUGUAACAGUAAAACGUUCUCUUUGUCAGAAAAUGUUUAAACAGGCCAUCAGCACGCUUAGUUUUUGUACAAAUGUUGUUUUCUUAAAAGCUAAACUAAACAUUUUAACAGGUUAGUGUUAAAAAAAUAUCUAAACCUUUUGUUAAGGGGGACUCUAACCUUCAGAAGUGAACUCUUAAAGAAAAUUGCUUAAAUGCCAGAAUUCAUGUUGCCGCAUUGGUAUUUUCUAAUGGAAUCCAACUUUAGAUGUGUUUAUCAGUCUUUUUUCCUGCUCAUUGUAUUUUACAGAAAAGAGCUUCGGAUAAUCACAAAAUGAUGCUUUGAGUGUAGACAGAUUUUGUCGCACCCCAGUAACACACUGCUGAACAGCCCCCACUGGUUGAGCUCCGCGCUGUGACGUCUGAAACCAGGGAGAGAGGAGGUAGAAGCAUUGGGUCCCUGUUACAGUUCAACUUUAAACUGUAUAUCUGGAGGGAGCAUUUGGACACAUUUCAUCUUCUCUGAUUGUCACUGAAUCAUUUCUUUGUGUGGGAUGUUGUUCAACGGGUGCAUUUCUACAAAAUUUUAAUUCCCCUUAACUUUUUCUUUCCUGAAAUAGUCAUUCCCAAGAGAACAUUUAACUUUUCAAUUUUUUUUUUCUUGCAUGAUAUCACCUCCAUUAAAGAUUUUAUGAAAAUCACCCCUUAGUGGUGUCUUUUUAAUUUCUGGAAACAUCCGUUACACAACAUGGAUCAAUUUUCACUUGUGGGUCUUUGUUUAGGUCUUACUUUGUGGUUUUAAAUUCCUCGUGUUCUUAUAUAGAAAACAAAAACUGUUUUUACACAGAACCGCAUAAGUUUGGUCAACAUUUAAAAUGAGGCUUAUCAGAGUCCAGACAUGGACCAAGAUGUUCUAAAGUUCCAUCGUUUGGCAUCCUUUAGUAAAC